GGCAGCGACUCCUCUGGCUCCAGGGAAGUGGAUCCGCGCGGGGCCCUAAUGAUGCCGGGAGCCGCCGGGGUCCUCCUGCUGCUGCUCGCGCGGGCCCUCGGGGAGAGCCAGGCGCAGCGGUCCCCGCAGCAGCGCCAGCUGCCGGCACAUCAGCAAAGAGGUUUAUUUCCUGCUGUCCUGAACCUUGCUUCAAAUGCCCUCAUCAUGACCAAUGCAACAUGUGGAGAAAAAGAACCAGAAAUGUAUUGCAAACUGGUAGAACAUGUGCCUGGGCAGCCUGUGAGGAACCCCCAGUGUCGAAUCUGCAAUCAAAAUAGCAGCAAUCCAUACCAGAGACACCCAAUUACAAAUGCUAUUGAUGGAAAGAACACUUGGUGGCAGAGUCCCAGCAUUAAGAAUGGAAUCGAAUACCAUUAUGUGACAAUUACACUGGACUUACAGCAGGUGUUCCAGAUUGCAUAUGUGAUUGUGAAAGCCGCGAACUCUCCUCGGCCUGGAAACUGGAUCCUGGAACGCUCUCUGGAUGGCGUUGAGUACAAGCCGUGGCAGUAUCAUGCUGUCACGGACACAGAGUGCCUAACUCUGUACAAUAUUUAUCCCCGCACCGGACCACCAUCCUAUGCCAAAGACGAUGAGGUCAUCUGCACUUCUUUUUAUUCCAAGAUACACCCCUUAGAAAAUGGCGAGAUUCACAUUUCUUUAAUCAACGGAAGACCAAGUGCUGAUGAUCCUUCUCCUGAACUUUUGGAAUUUACCUCUGCUCGCUAUAUUCGCCUGAGAUUCCAGAGGAUCCGCACCUUGAACGCUGACUUAAUGAUGUUUGCCCACAAAGAUCCACGAGAAAUUGACCCCAUUGUCACCAGACGAUAUUACUACUCCAUCAAGGAUAUUUCCGUUGGAGGGAUGUGCAUCUGCUACGGUCAUGCCAGGGCUUGUCCACUCGAUCCAGCGACAAAUAAAUCUCGCUGUGAGUGUGAGCAUAACACAUGUGGUGACAGCUGUGACCAGUGCUGUCCUGGCUUCCAUCAGAAACCUUGGAGAGCUGGCACUUUCCUGACAAAAACCGAAUGUGAAGCGUGCAAUUGUCAUGGAAAAGCUGAAGAAUGCUAUUAUGAUGAAAAUGUGGCCAGAAGAAAUCUGAGUUUGAAUAUACACGGAAAGUAUGUUGGAGGGGGUGUGUGCAUUAAUUGUACCCAAAACACUGCUGGUAUAAACUGCGAGUCGUGCACUGAUGGCUUCUUCAGACCUAAAGGGGUAUCUCCAAAUUAUCCAAGACCAUGCCAGCCAUGUCACUGUGAUCCCAUUGGUUCCAUCAAUGAAGUAUGUGUCAAGGAUGAGAAACGAGCUCCACGAGGACUGGCACCUGGGUCCUGCCAUUGCAAAACUGGCUUUGGAGGAGUGAGCUGUGGUCGUUGUGCCAGGGGCUACGUGGGCUACCCAGACUGCAAACCCUGUAACUGCAGUGGCUCAGGCAGCACAAAUGAGGACCCUUGUUUUGGGCCCUGUAAUUGCAAGGAGAACGUGGAAGGAGGAGACUGCAGUCGCUGCAAAUCCGGCUUCUUCAAUUUGCAAGAGGAUAAUUGGAAAGGCUGUGAUGAGUGUUUCUGUUCAGGGGUUUCAGACAGAUGUCAGAGCUCCUACUGGACCUAUGGCCAAAUCCAAGACAUGAGUGGCUGGUAUCUGACUGACAUCUCGGGCCACAUUCAAGUGUUUCUGCAGCAGGACUCGCCUCAGCAGAUCAGCAUCGUUCAUGCCGAGGCCCGGCAGGUUCUACCACAUGGCUACUACUGGAGCGCUCCUACUCCCUACCUGGGAAACAAGCUCCCAGCAGUUGGAGGACAACUGACAUUUACCAUAUCAUAUGACCUUGAAGAAGAAGAAGAAGAUCCAGAACAUGUUCUCCAGCUUAUGAUUGUUUUAGAGGGAAAUGACUUGAGAAUCAGCACAGCCCAAGAUGAGGUGUAUCUGCAACCAUCUGAAGAACAUGUCAAUGUCGUGUUACUUAAAGAAGAAUCAUUCACCAUACAUGGCACAAAUUUUCCAGUCAGUAGAAAAGAAUUUAUGACAGUGCUGGCAAAUUUGAAGAGAGUCCUCCUACAGAUCACAUACAGCUUUGGGAUGGAUGCCAUCUUCAGGUUGAGCUCCGUUAGCCUUGAAUCUGCUGUCUCCUACCCUACUGACGGAAGCAUAGCAUCAGCUGUGGAAGUUUGUCAGUGUCCACCAGGGUACACGGGUUCCUCUUGUGAAUCUUGCUGGCCCAGGCACAGGCGAGUUAACGGCACCAUGUACGGUGGCAUCUGCGAACCAUGUCAGUGCUUUGGUCAUGAGGAAUCCUGUGACGACAUCACCGGAGAAUGCCUGAACUGUAAGGAUCACACAGGUGGCCCAUAUUGCAAUCAAUGUCUUCCUGGUUUCUAUGGUGAUCCAACUAAAGGAACAUCUGAAGACUGUCAGCCUUGUGCCUGUCCACUCAAUAUCCCAUCUAAUAAUUUUAGCCCGACAUGCCAUUUAGACCGGAGUCUGGGAUUGAUCUGUGAUGAAUGCCCCGUCGGGCACACGGGACCACGCUGUGAGAGGUGUGCAGAAGGCUAUUUCGGACAACCUUCUGUACCUGGAGGAUCAUGUCAGCCAUGCCAAUGCAAUGACAACCUUGACUUCUCCGUCCCUGGCAGCUGUGACAGCUUGUCUGGCUCCUGUCUGAUAUGUAAGCCGGGUACAACAGGCCAGUACUGUGAGCUCUGCGCUGAUGGAUAUUUUGGAGACGCAGUUGAUGCAAAGAACUGUCAGCCCUGUCACUGUAAUGCCAACGGCUCCUUCUCAGAUAUUUGCCACCCCCGGACUGGACAGUGUCAGUGCAGAGCUAACGUGCAGGGACAGCGGUGUGACGAAUGCAAGCCUGGAACCUAUGGCCUACAAUCGGCAAGGGGUUGUGUUCCUUGCAACUGCAAUUCUUUUGGGUCUAAAUCAUUUGACUGUGAAGAGAGUGGACAAUGUUGGUGUCAGCCUGGAGUUGCAGGGAAGAAAUGUGACCGCUGUGCCCAUGGGUAUUUCAACUUCCAAGAAGGUGGCUGCACAGCUUGUAAAUGUUCCCAUCUGGGUAAUAACUGUGACCCAAAGACUGGGCAAUGCAUUUGCCCACCCAAUACCAUUGGGGAAAAGUGUUCCAAAUGUGCACCCAAUACCUGGGGCCACAGCAUCAUCACUGGUUGUAAGGCUUGUAACUGCAGCACAGUGGGAUCCUUGGAUUUCCAAUGCAAUGUAAAUACCGGCCAAUGUAACUGUCAUCCAAAAUUCUCCGGUGCAAAAUGUACAGAGUGCAAUCGAGGUCACUGGAACUUCCCUCACUGCAAUCUCUGUGACUGCUUCCUGCCAGGGACAGAUGCUGCCACCUGUGAUUCGGAGACUAAACAGUGCUCCUGUAGUGACCAAACUGGGCAGUGUACUUGCAAGGUGAAUGUGGAAGGCGUCCACUGCGACAGAUGCCGGCCUGGCAAAUUUGGACUUGAUGCCAGAAAUCCGCUCGGCUGCAGCAGCUGCUAUUGCUUUGGCGCCACUACUCAGUGCUCUGAAGCAAAAGGACUGAUCCGGACGUGGGUGACUCUGAAAGCUGAUCAGACCAUUCUACCCCUGGUGGAUGAGGCCCUGCAGCACACAACUACCAAAGGCAUUGCUUUCCAACACCCAGAAAUCGUUGCAAACAUGACUCUCGUGAGACGAGAUCUCCAUUUGGAACCUUUUUAUUGGAAACUUCCAGGACAAUUUGAGGGAAAGAAGUUGAUGGCCUAUGGGGGCAAACUCAGGUACGCAAUCUAUUUUGAAGCUCGGGAAGAGACAGGUUUCUCUACGUAUAAUCCUCAAGUUAUCAUUCGAGGUGGAACUCCUUCUCAUGCUAGAAUUAUCAUCAGGCAUAUGGCUGCUCCUCUGAUUGGCCAAUUGACAAGGCAUGAAAUUGAAAUGACAGAGAAAGAAUGGAAAUACUAUGGCGAUGAUCCUCGAAUCAGUAGAACUGUGACCCGUGAAGACUUCCUGGAUAUAUUAUAUGAUAUUCAUUAUAUUCUGAUCAAGGCUACUCAUGGAAAUAUCAUGCGACAAAGCAGGAUUUCUGAAAUCUCCAUGGAGGUCGCGGAACCAGGUCGUGGAACUGCAGUAACUCCUCCAGCUCACUUGAUUGAGAAAUGUGAUUGUCCUCCGGGCUAUUCUGGCUUGUCCUGUGAGACAUGCAUGCCAGGAUUUUAUCGACUGCAUUCCAGGCCUGGUGGCCGAACCCCUGGACCAACCCUGGGCACCUGUGUCCCGUGUCAGUGUCAUGGACACAGCAGCCUAUGUGACCCUGAAACAUCCAUAUGCCAGAAUUGUCAGCAUCACACUGCUGGUGACUUCUGUGAACGAUGUGCUCUUGGAUAUUAUGGAAUUGUCAAGGGAUUGCCAAAUGACUGUCAGCAAUGUGCUUGCCCUCUGAUUUCUUCCAGCAACAAUUUCAGCCCAUCUUGUGUCCUGGAAGGUCUGGAUGAUUACCGCUGCACAGCAUGUCCACGGGGCUAUGAAGGCCAGUACUGUGAAAGGUGUGCCCCUGGCUAUACUGGCAGCCCAAGCAGCCCUGGCGGCUCCUGCCAAGAAUGUGAGUGUGACCCGUAUGGCUCAUUGCCUGUGCCCUGUGACCCUGUCACAGGACUCUGCUCGUGCCGACCCGGAGCCACGGGAAGGAAGUGUGAUGGCUGCAAGCCCUGGCAUGCACGCGAGGGCACAGAGUGUGUCUUUUGUGGAGAUGAAUGCACAGGCCUGCUUCUCGGUGACUUGGCUAGCCUGGAGCGGAUGGCCAUGAGCAUCAACCUCACGGGCCCGCUGCCUGCUCCAUACAGGAUGCUGCAUGGUCUGGAGAAUGUGACCCAGGAACUAAAGCACUUGCUCUCACCUCAGCGUGCCCCCGAGAGGCUCAUUCAGCUGGCGGAGGGCAAUCUGAAUACGCUUGUGACAGAAAUGAAUGAGCUUCUGACUAGGGCUACCAAAGUGACAGCAGAUGGUGAGCAAACUGGACAGGAUGCUGAGAGGACCAACACAAGAGCGAAGUCCUUAGGAGAAUUCAUGAAGGAGCUUGCCCAGGACGCAGAAGCUGUAAAUGAAAAAGCUAUAAAACUAAAUGAAACUCUAGGAACGCAAGACAAAUUUGAGAGAAAUCUGCAAGGGCUUCAGAAGGAGGUUGAUCAGAUGAUGAAAGAACUGAGGAAGAAAAAUCUAGAUCCACAAAAGGAAGUUGCCGAAGAUGAGCUGGUAGCUGCAGAAAGCCUUCUGAAGAAGGUCAACAAGUUGUUUGGAGAGCCCAGGGAGAAAAAUGAAGAAAUGGAGAAGGAUCUCCAGGAGAAACUGGCUGACUACAAAAACAAGCUCAGUGAUGCUUGGGACCUAUUGAAAGAAGCCACGGAUAAAAUCAGAGAAGCCAAUCGCUUAUCUGUGUCCAACCAGAAAAACAUGACAGCUUUGGAGGCGAAGAAGGAGGCUGUUGCAAGUGGCAAGAGACAAAUUGAGAACACUUUAAAGGAGGGCAGUGACAUACUGGAUGAGGCCAACCGUCUUGUAGGGGAAAUCAACUCAGCCAUAGACUAUGUUGAAGACAUUCAAACUAAAUUGCCUCCUAUGUCUGAGGAGCUUAAAGAUAAAAUAGAUGACCUCUCCCAAGAAAUAAAGGACCGGAAGCUUGCUGAGAAGGUGUCCCUGGCUGAGAGCCAUGCGGCUCAGUUGAAUGACUCAUCUGCAGUCCUUGAUGGAAUUCUUGAUGAGGCUAAAAACAUCUCCUUCAAUGCCACGGCAGCCUUCAAAGCUUACAGCAAUAUUAAGGACUAUAUCGAUGAAGCUGAGAAAGUUGCCAGAGAAGCCAAAGGUCUUGCCCAUGAAGCUACAAAACGGGCAGCGGGUCCUCAGGGUUUGUUAAAGGAAAGAGCCAAAGGCUCUCUUCAGAAAAGCUUUGGAGUUCUUAAUGAAGCCAAGAAGUUAGCAAAGGAUGUCAAAGAAAAUGAUGACCAUCUAAAUGGCUUAAAAGCCAGAUUAGAAAAUGCUGAAAUAAGAAAUGAAGAUCUCCUGAGAGCUUUGAAUGACACCUUGAGAAAGUUAUCAGCCAUUCCAAAUGACACAGCUGCUAAACUUCAAACCAUUAAGGACAAAGCCAGAGAAGCCAACGACACAGCCAAAGACGUGCUAGCGCAGGUUAGAGAGCUCCACCAGGACCUGGAUGGCCUGAGGAAGAACUACAACAAGCUAGCAGACAGCGUAGCCCAGACAAACGCUGUGGUGAAGGAUCCUUCCAGAAACAGUAAGAUUGCAGAUGCAGGUGCCACUGUAAAAAAUUUAGAACAAGAAGCGGACCGGCUGAUAGAUAAACUCAAACCCAUGAAGGAGCUUGAGGAUAACCUGAAGAAAAACAUCUCUGAGAUAAAGGAAUUGAUAAACCAAGCUCGGAAGCAAGCCAAUUCUAUCAAAGUAUCUGUGUCUUCUGGAGGUGACUGCAUUCGAACAUACAAGCCAGAAAUCAAGAAAGGAAGUUACAAUAACAUUAUUGUCAACGUAAAGACAGGUGUUGCUGACAACCUCCUUUUUUAUCUCGGAAGUGCCAAAUUUAUUGAUUUUCUGGCUAUAGAAAUGCGGAAAGGCAAAGUGAGCUUUCUCUGGGAUGUAGGAUCCGGAGUUGGACGUGUCGAGUAUCCAGAUUUGACUAUCGAUGACUCCUAUUGGUACCGUAUCGAAGCAUCAAGAACGGGGAGAAAUGGAACUAUUUCUGUGAGAGCGCUGGAGGGACCCAAAGCCAGCAUCGUGCCCGGCACGCACCAUUCAGCGUCUCCUCCCGGGUACACAAUUCUAGAUGUCGAUGCGAAUGCAAUGCUGUUCGUGGGGGGCUUGACUGGGAAAUUAAAGAAAGCUGAUGCUGUACGUGUGACCACAUUCACUGGCUGUAUGGGAGAAACAUACUUUGACAACAAACCUAUAGGUUUGUGGAAUUUCCGAGAAAAAGAAGGUGAUUGCAAAGGAUGUACUGUCAGUCCGCAGGUGGAAGAUAGUGAAGGGACCAUUCAGUUUGAUGGUGAAGGUUAUGCACUGGUCAGCCGCCCCAUCCGCUGGUACCCCAACAUCUCCACUGUCAUGUUCAAGUUCAGGACAUUUUCUUCAAGUGCUCUCCUGAUGUACCUUGCCACACGAGAUCUGAAAGAUUUCAUGAGUGUGGAGCUCACUGAUGGGCACAUAAAAGUUAGUUAUGAUCUGGGCUCGGGAAUGGCUUCUGUUGUCAGCAAUCAAAACCAUAAUGAUGGGAGAUGGAAAUCAUUCACCCUGUCAAGAAUUCAAAAACACGCCAACAUAUCAAUCGUAGAUAUAGAUACCAAUCAGGAGGACAACAUAGCCACUUCAUCUCCCGGAAACAACUUUGGUCUUGACCUGAAAGCAGAUGACAAAAUAUAUUUCGGUGGCCUGCCAACGCUGAGAAACUUGAGUAUGAAAGCAAGGCCAGAAGUAAACUUGAAGAAAUAUUCCGGCUGUCUCAAAGAUAUUGAAAUUUCAAGAACUCCAUACAAUAUACUCAGCAGCCCUGAUUAUGUUGGUGUUACCAAAGGAUGCUCACUGGAGAAUGUGUACACAGUGAGCUUCCCCAAGCCUGGUUUUGUAGAACUCUUCCCUGUGCCACUUGAUGUAGGAACGGAAAUCAACCUGUCCUUCAGCACCAAGAAUGAGUCUGGGAUCAUUCUCUUGGGAAGUGGAGGGACACCAACACCACCCAGGAGAAAACGAAGGCAGACUGGACAGGCCUACUACGCAAUAUUCCUCAAUAAGGGCCGUCUGGAGGUGCAUCUCUCCACUGGGACACGAACCAUGAGGAAAAUUGUCAUCAAACCAGAGCCAAGUCUGUUUCAUGAUGGGAGAGAACAUUCCGUCCACGUGGAGAGAUCCAGAGGCAUCUUUACUGUUCAAGUCGAUGAGGACAAAAGAUACACACAAAACCUGACGGUAGAGCAGGCGAUUGAAGUUAAAAAGCUGUUUGUGGGGGGUGCUCCACCUGAAUUCCAGCCACCCCCACUCAGAAAUGUUCCUCCUUUUGAGGGCUGCAUAUGGAAUCUUGUGAUUAACUCUGUCCCUAUGGACUUUGCACAGCCUGUGUCCUUCAAAAAUGCAGACAUUGGUCGCUGUGCCCUUCAGAAACCCCGUGAAGAUGAAACUGCAGCAGUCCCAGCUGAAAUAGUUACCCAGCCUGAAGCGGUUCCCACCCCAGCCUUCCCUACUCCCACCCCAGUCCUGGUACAUGGUCCUUGUGCUGCAGAAUCAGAGCCAGCCCUUUUGAUGGGGAGCAAGCAAUUUGGGCUUUCAAAAAACAGUCACGUUGCAAUCGCAUUUGAUGACACCAAAGUUAAAAACCGUCUGACGAUCGAGUUGGAAGUGCGAACUGAAGCUGAGUCGGGCUUGCUGUUUUACAUGGCUCGGAUCAAUCACGCUGAUUUCGCUACAGUUCAGCUGAGAAAUGGAUUUCCCUACUUCAGUUAUGACCUGGGGAGUGGGGACACCAAAACCAUGAUCCCCACCAAAAUUAAUGAUGGCCAGUGGCACAAGAUUAAGAUAAUGAGAAUUAAACAAGAAGGAACUCUUUACGUAGAUGAUGCCUCCAACAGAACCGUCAGUCCCAAGAAAGCUGACAUCUUGGAUGUUGUGGGAAUGCUGUAUGUGGGGGGAUUACCCAUCAACUACACUACCCGAAGAAUUGGUCCAGUGACCUACAGCAUUGAUGGCUGUAUCAGGAACCUUCGCGUAGCAGAGGUCCCUGCUGAUCUUGAACAGCCAACCUCCAGCUUCCACGUGGGUAUAUGUUUUGCAAAUGCUCAGAGGGGAACAUAUUUUGAUGGAACAGGUUUUGCCAUAACAGUUGGUGGAUUCAAAGUGGGAUUGGACCUUCUUGUAGAAUUUGAAUUCCGUACUACUCAAACCACUGGAGUUCUUCUGGGAAUCAGCAGUCAAAAAAUGGAUGGAAUGGGAAUCGAAAUGAUUGAUGAAAAACUUAUGUUUCACGUGGACAAUGGCGCUGGCCGAUUCACUGCUGUCUAUGACGCUGGGAUCCCCGGGCAUCUGUGUGAUGGACAGUGGCAUAAAGUCACUGCCAACAAAAUCAAACACCGUCUUGAGCUCACAGUAGAUGGGAACCAGGUAGAAGCCCAAAGCCCAAACCCAGCUUCAACGUCCGCUGACACCAAUGACCCCGUGUUUGUUGGCGGCUUCCCAGAUGGCCUCAAGCAGUUUGGCCUGACGACCAACAUUCGGUUCCGAGGUUGUAUCCGAUCCCUGAGACUCACCAAGGGCACAGGCAAGCCAUUGGAGGUUAAUUUUGCCAAGGCCCUGGAACUGAGGGGUGUUCAACCUGUAUCAUGCCCAGCCAGUUAAUAAAAACAAAUGUAACCCCAAGAAGGGUCCAUCGCAGCAAGUGUAUCAAGUAUAACAAAUACAUUUUACCUAUGUAUAUUAAUAAAACUAAUUUGUGCACAUAUAUAGAAUUCUUCCUGUAUUCAGAGGGUGCUAAUUCAGACCCACAACUGAAUUUUAAUUCAUGUUCUUUUUCAAUUCUAUAAAUAUUAAACCAGUUAUUUUAUUCUAAA